ACCAUCUCAAUGUGUACACGAUUUGAUAGUGUAAUUAUAUUUUUAAUGUGGUUUAAUUAAUCUGAAAAAAAAGAAAAGAAAAAAAAAAGAAAAAGGAAUUUAAUUUGCAGGCUACUUGAUAAUCAUAAAUGUACGGCUAAUCAGACUUAAGAAGUGAAAGUGAUUCAGGAAAAAGUGGAAGAGAUUAUAAAGAUUAGAUUGUAAAUGAAACUUGUGCAUGUUAUGCAACUGGUAUACUAUUCUAUGGAAGUAACAUUUGUAUACUGUACAGUAGGAGAUAUAGUAUGUUACAGUGUGAGAUGCAGUACAUAUGUUCGUCAAUGUAUUCUUAUGUUUCUGAUGUAGAUAAUAUCCUUGAAAGAAUGGAGAAUAAUGGAGGAAAACCAUGUCAGCAACAUCAUGUGCUGGCUUCGUCAGCGUUUUGGAAAACCAAGGAAUCAGUUGGACCAAGGCAACCCAAGUAAACACUCUCAGAUGGAUAACUCUACUCUUAGCAAUUCCAACUGCUCCCGUGGACAAUCCAACUGCAAAGCCCACUGUAGAUCUAGCUGCUCUCCGGAAUCUAGUGUUUCCUCUUCCUUUCCCUCUGAAAAAUCUUCCAUCGCUGCUAAGUCGUCCUCCUCAGAACAACCUCUGCCCUCCGUGCUCUUCUCUUCCUUCCGUUCAACUCGCAGUUAUGACAUUUGUGUCUGUCACAAUGAUAAGGACACUGAUCAAGCACAGAGUUUGUCCUCUUUCCUGGAGGACGCUUCAAAAGGUCUGCGCUGUUACCUGCAGGAAAGGGACUGUCCAUUAGGAGGUGCUGUGUCUUCUGAGCUCCUGCAGGCAGUGCAUGACAGCCACUGCUGGGUGUUGCUCAUCACUCCAAACUUCCUGAACGAUGACUGGUGCUUGUAUCAGAUGCACCAGGUCCUGUCUGAGGGGCCCAUGUCACAGAGGAUCAUCCCAGCUGUACUAAAUAUGCCCAGAUCUGAGCUUCCACAGGAACUGCGCUUUGUUUUUACUGUGGAUUUGAAUGAGAACAAAGAGGUUGGCUACAAGAAAGUGUACAAGACAGUCAUUCAUUAUUUGAAGGACAUGCUUGAGAAGGAAAGGUUCUGCAAAGUGUCUGAAAUCGGAGAUUAGUCACAUCCUGUGACUGCAUGCCCAUGGAGCAUCCACAAUCUGAUUACUUACUGUCUGAUGUAUACUGCACACAAAACUUGAAAGCACGCUCUAGCAAGCUCUAAUCAUAGUCUGCUUGGAAACAAAGUUUAUGAGGUAUAAAGUUGAUAUAAUGGUGGCACGAUGUGGGAGCAGCCUCCAAGACAUGGGUUCUGGUCCCAAAGAAAGCAGGAUAUAAUCACGUUCACUUAAAUUAUGAUGAGCAUGAUUCUGAGGUUGCAAUAUUUCCUCUUAAGAUUACAUUUUUACUCUACUGACAGUUAGGUUUAGGGUUUGGGUUAGGGAGUAUAGUUAAUUAAAUAUGCAUUCCUGUUGUCUAUUAUUCACAACUAAAAAUACAAUUCGCUUUUGGCUUCACUCUGUGGACAUUUCACCCGUAAACUAGAACUCAGGCUGAGUUUGGAAUGGCAUACUAUUCAUACUACUCUUCCUACUUCUGCCAAAUCAGACUAUGGCAGGAAUAGUAAGAGUAGUAUGGUAGUAUGCAAUUUCGAACUUAGGGGCCGUUUACACGACAAUGUUUUCAACUAAAAACGGAAAACUUUUUAUGCGUUUUGGCUGUUCGUUUAUACGACAAUGGCGUUUUGGGGCCUGAAAACACAAACUUUUGAAAACAGGUUUCAAAGUGCAUGUUUUUGAAAACAAUGCCGUUAUCGUCUCCGUGUAAACAUACAAAAACGCAAAUUUGUGAAAACAAUGACGUCAUGCGCAUGAGUAUUACGUGUUCAGUCUACAGGCAUGCGUGCGAGUACUUCAAAACAAUGCGCGAAACAUUCAAAACUACAGUGGCGGACUACAGGACUGUGUUUGUGCUGCUCAAGAUUUUGAGUUUGAUGCUUCUCCAGAAAAGUGUAGAUUUACUGCAUCACUACUACGACCAGCGUAGUGUUUCUUUACAAAGUGACAUCGCCAACUACUGGCCUGGCAUGCAUAAUACAGCCUUUUUAGUCGUAUUCGCGGAUCCGUGUGAACGGGGAUCGUUUUGACAACAUUGUCGUCUGUACGCGAAACUUUUCAAAAAUGCAAAGGAAAAACUUUUCUGUUUUUAGUACAUCGUUGUCGUGUAAACGUACCCUUAGUCUCACACUCAUGUGCCCAUACGUUCAUCAGCACUUCCAGCUUUGGCCACUGGAGGCAGUGGUUUGAACUGCGGUAAGCACAGAUUUCAGCAGCACAUCUUUCGUCCUACUGUUAGCAAAUUUAUGGUAAGAUCAUUCUGCAUUUUCUGCACAUAUUUUUCACUAUCUUUCCAGUGUUUUCCAUACAACCGUUUGUAGAGACUGACGCUCCGUUUAAAAAAAAAAAUUUCACACCUCUCUGUUACUGUGAUAUUUCAGAUAAACCCACCCCUAAACCCUUGUAAAAACAAAACAAACCAUGAUUGGUCACUUUAUAUGUCAGUCAGAUGGUCUCUUCCUGUCCAAGUAGGCUUCUUUUGGACAGAAUAAGUUGCAAUGAUCAGAAUUUUGCCAUUUAGUUUAAGGUCUGUCUACACAGGACUAGCCGAAAAGAGGGUCAAAAUAAAGAUAUGAGUGAUUCUGAAGUGUCAAAAUGUAUUGCCAUUGUGACCACAAUGAUUGGUUGUGCAUUUGUGUUGCACAUUUCUUUCAGAGCUGUUUUCAAUGUUGGGUGUGUGGGGGGGGAGGUGCCGCCGAUCCAGGUUUAACGGGGGCAAGAGAGAAACUGUGGGUAGUUGGGGUUCACUGUUUCAAGUGAAGUUCUCCAGUUAGAGUGUAAGGUGUGGCUGUGGCCGACAACAGCCAUUAAUAAACAAAAACGUUAUU